GAUGACAGUGGACUUUCGCAGAGUCCUUUUAUCACUCCUUCUUCUACCGGCAUCCAGUCUUCUUCGGUCCUCUCUAGCAGCCGAUCAGAAGCCAACACCACCUCCUCUUGUGAUCCACUUUCCCUUUCAAAUUUGACCAGCUCACAAGCCAACUCAUCGCCCACCUCGUCUCAAUCUAGCCUCUCUGAUUGCUAUCCAUCCCGGGCACAGGCACCUUGGACCGUAUCUCCUGUACUACCUGGCAAUCAUACAAUCCCAGUUACAGUGAGUGGUGGUGCAGGCGGUUUUGCAAUUCGGUAUCAUACGCAACCAACCGAAUCGAUGUCUGGAUCACUGACCCAGUUGACAGCCUCAAAAUUAGUUCAGACCGAAGAAUCAACCGCAAAAAAACAGUCUAUCGGCACAGACACGGUCGUGGCAAGAGAAGUAGAAUCGUCUGGCAGACGCAACCUGAAUAGACGAAUUUAUACUUUCGGCAAGUCCGUGCAACCUCAAGAGUCGGACGAUGAAGACCUCUUAGGGCCGGCGCCAGAGGUGCCUCCGAGGAGUAAAAAGGCCUUAAAAGAGCCGUCGAUCGUGAUGAUC